CGAUGUCAGAAGUGAUGUCAUGUCGGGUGAUGUCAAUGUUGACGGUGUGUCAAAGGAUUGUGGCAUCGAACGGCUGGACCUGGGACAGUUGGCUGACGAAGAUGCUGUCACGCCGAGACAAGAGACAGACAACAACACCUCCAGACAGCAGACAGCAAGGACCAGCCUGGUGAUUUCCCUGCCCUCCAUUUUGAGCAGACCCGACCGACACCACUACAGCUGUCAACAGGAGCGGGGACAGGGGGAGUUCUUUAGUACGGACAGCUCGUCUGUCUGUCUGGCACACAACACGGACAGCUCGUCUGUCUACGAGGCACCCAAUACGGACAGCUCAUCAGUCUGUCUGGCACCCACCGCAGACCAAACCGCUAGCACGUGCCACACACGUGAGCUGACCACAGGCCGUGACCACCACCACGCUACAGCAGACGCGCCCGUCACGUCCCACCACGACUUCAUUGACGAAAACCAGCCGCAGCAUUUCCAACAAAGCCGGCACCGGCUUAGUUCCGGCUUCUCCACUGACGACGAGACCCAGAUAGUGAGCUGUUACAGCCGGUCUGCGGUUGGCGUCAACUCCGUGAGCGCCGAGUCCCAGACGAGGAGCUCCCUCUUCGGCUCGAUGAAGUGCAGCCCUCGCUACGACAUCGCGGAAGACAUCCAUCGAGCUUACGCGGACACCCUAGAGAACCUGAGCCAGCCCACCUGGGACGACGACACGGAGACUGUGUACACACACCAACACGCGUGUCACAGCUUCCACACAGCACACGGAGAUCAAAGAACACGGCAGGGAAAACACGUGGAACCAUUUCAAGUCAGUUCCCAAAACUCCGGCAAAACAGUACCCGCUGUGAGUGCGACCAUGCAGCAAUACGUGACGAGCCAGAAGCUUCAGAAGUCCAGCUUAGAGUAUUGUUGUAUCGACGGCACCGCCAUCCACCAGCUGGCCGACUCGUUCUUUAAGUGCAACGUGGACGCCAUACGCAAGGCCCUGGGACAGAGCAAGAUUCCGGAAAAACCCCGACCCACAAGAAAACAGCAGGUCCCGGCCAAAUAUUGCAUCCUCCCGUCUGAAGAAGCAGGGGAUAGGCAAGGGGCGUCAUACAUUAGUGUCCACACCUACAACCAGACCACCGGCCGCUACACCUGGAACCUGAUACCCUCCCAGCAGAAGCCCAACUACACCGUGGCACCAAACAACCCAGUGACCAGUGGUGCCAGGACCGGGGAAAGGACGCACAAAAACCUGGACAACUCUACUCUCCCUGCCAGAACCAUGGAUGGAAGGUCGAGCAUCUUCGAUCUGGGGCUUCUGUACGGGAGGACGGUGGAGAUGGGCAAUGUAUUGAACGUCAGUGGGAUACAGUGUGGGAACAGACCCACCAACCGUAAGUUCCACAACGAAAAACUCAACAUGCAAGUGACACAAGAGGAGAUGGAACAAAUGAGACAAGAUGCAGAGAACAACACACUGAUGUGUCAGGACAACGAUUGCAGUCAAUAUUGUUCUCUAAGUUCCACCGAGACAGACGACAUCACGACAAGAAGCCUGAAACGUGGACUGGCACCUCUCCACCUCGACCAGACUGGGUGGCACGACGUACCCGCCCCAGCCCCGCCUGAAGCUGUGGACGGGGAGAGGGACACGGUGGAGGUCUUCGCCAUGCGUUUCGUUGAUGAACGGGAAGCCCACAUUAUGACGUCACCCUGUUCCCCCAAGCAGCGGGACGCCGUGAUCUCACCCCAACCCCCAGGAAAACCACGUGACCCAAUCCCAACCGAGGCAACCAACUUAAACUUGAACUCCUCCCGCAGACGUUAUGAUGCUGAUGAAAACACUGAUCCCACCCUGCACGAGAAUAACGACCCCCCAGCCCUGAACCCAAAUCAUAACACGCGCCAUGCAAACCCUGGGCACCAGGGCGGGUUCAAGUGGACGAACCCUGUAGAUCCACCCCGCAUCGAGCUCAGCAAGACUGAAGGAAAGGGGAAAGCCCCAAGCACGUUCAGCGGACUCUCGCUCGCCCAGAAGAAACUAAAGAUGCUCAAGUUAGCCAAAUCCAUGAAGGCGAAACAUAUGAAGGAAGUUAACGUUAACAACGGCGGGAUCAACGGUUUGACAGAGGUUAACCACGGCAGCGGUGAGUCGGGGGUUAAACUAAGACCGUCCACGAGAGAGGCUAACCACGGCCGGAAGACGACGGACGCUGAGAGCACGCCCACCGCUCGCAAGACGCGCGCCAAGAAGAGCGGGCAAAAGAUGUCAGGGUGGAAGAGCCGACACGACGCGACCCUGGGGGAGGUCAGUUUGGACCAGCUCCACUUCGCCAUCACCCCCAAGAUGCCAGCCAUCAUCCCCCCUCUCUUAGAGAAAAACAGGACCAACAAUCUGUCUUCUCACUGUGUCCAUUGGAGCGAGGAUGACAGCAGCGAUUCCUCCGAAUCGACUUGCUCCAUUCUCAAGCACACGAUGCAGAGCUCAGUGCGCAUGCGUAAAGAGCUCCCGCCCCUCCAGCCCCGAAAAUUGUGUUUCCGGUGCAAAAUCUCGAGCUGCAACCACGGUGAGGUCAUACAAGAGAUUGAGUCACAGACCAAUGUCAAGGUCAAGUGGAUCCAGUACGACCCGAUCAAGGUGCAGGCUUUCAACCUCAAGUUGAGUGAAGGGCUACAGUACAACUGCCUGUGGAUCUUCGAGCUGACAGAGGAAUCAGACCGUGACGGCCUCCUGUUCGAGGGCUUCUACCUCCGCGACACGCACAUGAACGUCCGCCAUCUUGAUGACGUGUACAAGGAGGAGUUCAUGGCCUACAAGAUGUGGUCUGAGAUCAACCGCGAGCAACGACAGAAGAAGCUGACGCAACGACACAACUCGAGGGUCAAGGGUUGCAGGGCAUAGGCGUACGCAACACUGCUCGCUUUCACGUUCUGUGCUUUCACAAGGAUGUGUUCCUCAUAAGGAUGUGUUCUUUUUGUCUACCCCACAAGGAUGUGUUCUUUUUGUCUACCCCACAAGGAUGUGUUCUUUUUGUCUACCCCACAAGGAUGUGUUCUUUUUGUCUACCCCACAAGGAUGUGUUCUUUUUGUCUACCCCACAAGGAUGUGUUCUUUUUGUCUACCCCACAAGGAUGUGUUCUUUUGGUCUGGCUCACAAGGAUGUGUUCUUUUCUUUUGUCUGCUUACAAGGAUGUGUUAUUUUUGUCUGCAUUAAAGGAUGUGUUAUUUUUAUCUACUCCACAAGGAUGUAUUUUUUUUUGUGUGCUCCAAAUCUCCCCAUUGCUACAAUUGAAUUAAUUUUUUGUCUUGUGUACAAAAUUGAUUACGUCACAAGAAUAUUUUGCUGUUGUGUUUUGUGUCAAACACGCAACUAACUCAAUAACUAAACUCCACGUUAACAUGAUAAUGUGCCUUUAAUAAUCGCUCAUUCAAACAUCACAUUUCUAAAAGUUUUACAUAGUUAGAUAUGGACUAUUUCAGAACGUUGCUGCCCCCGUUGCUAAAUGAAUACUUGGAAAAGUUGGAUCAGCAGAUUAAUAAAGUUCACAAUUUUAAACUGUUUGAUGUUUUGUUUUGAUAGAUGAGUUUGAACGCUUACUUAUAGUCUAGAUUUAA